AUGAAAAGAACUGCUGAAAAUGAUGACUCAGUCGCAGAUGUUGUCACUGAACAACAACAACCAACAAAGAAAUUCAAAAGUUCAGAAACUUCAUCUGAAGGGAAACAUAUAUCUGAAUUUGAAGUGAUGCAAGCAUACAGACAACUUCAGGGUGAUAUAACAAAAGGUAGGGUACGUGCACUUCGUGGUGGAGAUAUCGAUAUUACUACAGACACAUUAGAAACAGUUGAUAAAUUAUUUGAAUAUAUUAAACAGAAGAAAAAUAAUAAUUUGUUCGCUGAGGAUUCUAGGGCUAUUGCUGGGAUCACUGAAUUAGCAGAGAUUACUGUUCGUAAUUUAAAAUUGGGAGAAAUUAAGGGUUUGACUAAUAUUGAUGAUAUCAUGUCAUAUUGUAAACGAUAUAUGUUGCAAGAGCAUUUUAAACAGAACAAUAUUACAGAAACUAAGAACGGGUUUGAUUCGACGAAUCAUGGAGAUGAUGCAGAUGAUGCAGAUGAUGAUGAUGAAGAGGAAAAUAUACAAAACAAUGUUGAUAAUGGUGAAUCAUUUAAAAAUAGAAAAAUAGAUGAAUUGAAAAAAUCGACAUUAAAGCAAGAUUAUUUAAAUCAAUUUCAAACUUAUGAUUCUUUUUAUCAAUUUAAUUGGUUUAAACUAGGUAGUCUCUUUAACGGGUUAUCUAAAAUGCCUGUGGUGACAGACAAUUUAAUUGGACCUUUUGCCAUUGAAAAGAAAGUGAAAGUAAAAGUUAUAAGGAAACGUAAUGUAGAUGUUGUUGGUGAAUUAGUCAAGCCCGACCGUCCAUCUGCAAAAGACCUAGUUGACAAUGAUGAACAGACUACCCCAGAACAAGUAAAAAGAUGUUUUAAAAUUUUAUCUAAGAAACUAGGCACUGAGGAUAGUAUAUCUUUAUUUAAAUUUGUCAUUGAUCCAAAUUCUUUCCCAAAAUCUGUUGAAAAUUUAUUUUAUACUAGUUUUUUAAUUAAAGCUGGUAAAAUCGUAAUGGAAGAAGAUGAAAAUAAUGGAUAUCCAAUAAUACGAAUAAAGAAUAAACCAAAGGGAAAAGAUAAAGAAGAAAGAAAUAUUCAAAAACAUAAAAAUUCACAUGCAGAAGAGCAUCAUAUUAUAUUUCAAAUGGAUAUACCUACUUGGUCCAAAUUAAUUAAAAAGUUUAAUAUUACAUCAAGUUACCUUGAGACAUAA